AUGACCGUCGAUAAACUCACACAGGAAUCACCCCAGGAGCUCAAACCACCACCUUGGAACAACCGCGUCCUCGAAAAGCGCGCCACCCAGCUAACCCUGAUCCCCUCAGCUUGGCGCCUGCCAGAAACACUCCUAGAAAACCCACCAGCAUCAAGCGUAGAAACUAUUCGCACGAGCGGUAUCCUCUCCGCCGACGAGCUAGCAUGGACCGAAACUCCGGAUAUCCGCGACCUCGUCGAGCUGGUCAAGUCCCAGCGUGUGACGAGCGAGGCGCUGACAACGGCGUUUUGUAAACGUGCUGCCAUCGCACAGCAGGUUACCAAGUGCUUAACGGAGAUCUUCUUUGAUAAGGCUCUUGAGCGUGCCAGGGAGCUUGAUGACCAUCUACUGCGUACCGGUGAGGUUGUUGGACCUUUACAUGGUGUUCCAGUUUCAGUAAAGGAUCGGUUUGAUGUUGAGGGGUUUGACACGACAGUUGGCUGGGUGGGUCUGACCAAUAAACCUGCCAAAUCCAAUAGUUCAAUCGUGCAGUUACUCGAGUCGAUGGGUGCAGUACUCUAUGUCAAGACUAAUGUGCCACAAUCACUGAUGAUGUCCGACUCGUACAACCAUGUCUUCGGCCAAUCCGUGAACGCUUUCAAUCACGCCCUAAUUUCAGGUGGUAGCUCCGGCGGCGAAGGCGCGCUUAUUGGAUCCGGAGGCAGCGUCUUGGGAAUCGGUACUGACAUCGGCGGCUCGAUCCGAGUACCUUCUAAUUUACAAGGUCUGUACUCUAUAUGUCCGACAACAGGGCGAGUGCCGUGGGAUUGUUCUUUCUUACACCAGCACUAUCUUGUCCCACCAGUUGCUGGUCCAAUGGCUACAUCUCUCGAUACAACGGAGUACUUCAUGGAGAGUCUCAUUGCAUCCAGUCCGUGGAGUCUAGACCCAACCGCAGUUCCAAUCCCAUGGCGAAAGGAGCUCGCUAAACCACCGGCGAAUCGGAAGUUGAGACUGGGUGUUGUGUUUGAUGACGGCGUCGUUAAGCCGCAGCCCCCUGUUGCGAGGGCAAUGCAGGAGACGGUAGAUGCAUUACGAGCUGCUGGUCAUGAAGUAAUCGAAUGGGACACCUCCCUCCACAUUGCGGUUACCAACCUCUGGACAAAAGGCAUUCUCGCCGAUGGCGGCCAACACUAUCGUUCGCUCUGUCGGAUAGUCGACGAGCCGUUGAUUGAGGGUAUGGUUGUCGGCAAAGAGACCGAUCUUCUUUCACACGAGGAGCGAGAGCAGUUUGAAGCAACAAAACUCAUCCUCCAAACCACCUUCCUGAAGCAGUGGGUUUCAUCGGAAAUCGAUGCCCUGCUCAUGCCCGUCCUCCCAUGGGUAGGCUACAAGCCUAAAACGUGGGUCAAGAGCAAUCAGUGGUUGGGUUACACGGCUAUGUGGAAUCUGCUGGACUACGCGGCUGUUACUGUUCCUGUUGCGAGAGCGGAUCGGGGUCUUGAUUCUGUUGGUAGUGCAGGUAAUACUGAGUGGGAGGGCCAUUCUAUUAGGAAUGAGUCGGAUGCUUUCAAUUAUCUACAGUAUGAUAUCGACCUUGUGCAUGGGAUGCCCAUCUGUGUACAGAUUGUUGGGGGUCGAUUUGGAGAGGAGAAGGCCGUAGCUGUUGGGAAGGUUGUUGAUGAGUUGAUGAAUCCGACUCCCUUUCAUCCAUAA